AUGGGACGUACGGUAAACGGUACGUACGCAGGUGUGUUUCACAGUGCUCGUGCACCCCGCGUCACGCGCCAGCCACUCGGUGUCGAAGAACAGACGGUGGGUGGCUGUGAAAACGAGAAAAAAACGAGAGAAAGGGGAGGAAUACGCUUGUUCGCGUAUUUGUACGUCUGCCGUCGCGUCUCACGGUUGCCUCUCAGUUGGACAGAGAGAAAAGGGAAGUUCACGGGCUUGUUGCCAAAGUUUGCUUGUUCGCAAACGACGACGGGGGGGUGGUAGCUCGUACGUGUCCCCGUGACCGCGUAGUACCGCGAACUACCGCGCGAAAAAAAGGUACCUUCUGCUGAAAGUCUUCUCUCGAGAGAACAGUCCAACUCGUCGCCGGCUGAGAAUGGUUCAGAGGUUUUGCACCAGCGUGGCCGCGCUCAGCCUCGCCCUGAGUGCCUGCCUUGUUCUCCCCCGUGCCGUCAUGGCGAUCGACUUGAGCCGAUUCUACGGUCACUUCAACAAACGUACGGGAGAUGCAUGCCGCCCGUACGAGCCGUUCAAGUGUCCAGGAGACGGAAUCUGCAUCUCAAUUCAGUAUCUUUGCGACGGAGCCCCCGAUUGUCAAGAUGGAUACGACGAAGAUUCGCGAUUAUGCACAGCUGCGAAGAGACCACCAGUAGAGGAGACUGCUAGUUUUCUGCAAUCGUUGCUGGCAAGUCACGGCCCAAAUUAUCUUGAGAAAUUAUUCGGGACCAAAGCGCGGGACACACUGAAACCUCUUGGCGGCGUGAACACGGUUGCUAUAGCACUUUCUGAAUCUCAGACGAUCGAGGAUUUUGGCGCAGCUUUGCAUCUCAUGCGCUCUGAUUUGGAACACCUGCGCUCGGUGUUUAUGGCGGUGGAGAACGGCGACUUGGGCAUGCUGAAAUCAAUCGGCAUCAAGGACUCGGAGCUAGGGGACGUGAAGUUUUUCCUGGAGAAGCUCGUGAAAACCGGCUUUCUCGACUGAAUUGGCAUUUCCACGGAGCGCCGUUGCGGAGGCGCUAUAACACUGGCUGUAUCGUAUAACAAUCGCACUAUCCUAUCGCCUUGAGAAGUUCUUUGGCAAGUUCCCCUUCUUCUUCCAUCCCCUUUCUUUUCCUCAUUCUGGCUCUCUUUCUCUGUCUCUGCCUCUCUUUGUCUCAAGUUUUCCUUUCGCUUUCCCCUCGAUGUCAUCUUAUUGCUCUCCCCGCUUUUCAAAGAACGCAUCGAGCGAGCAUCGAGAUAAGUUAAGAAGAUAUCUAUCAUUAUCGAGAGGCACGGGAGUGUUGAAUGUUUAAAAUGUUUCCCAAAUGUCAAGGGUUGAUGCUUGUAUAUCCAUGCACAUUUAUCGACGCGACGUCACUCAUUUUCGCGCUGCGAUGGACACGCGCUUUUAUGUCGAUGAACGUUCGUUCCAUUCUUUUGCCAUGCGACAUAUAAAAACAAGAAAUACAAAAUUGAAAUAACGAGAAGAAAUUCAACGGUGAAUUCGUCGGCAAUCGCGCAACGGAGACGACACGUAACCUAAUGUCAGGUACAUUAAUUAUAUUUUGCCGAACGCUCAGUUAUACGACGUGUACAAUCGAUACUAAUUAACCGUCAGUCUGUUUUUGUCGUUGACGUGCAAUCAUCGUCCGAGACACAAAACGUUUUAAAAUACUCUGUGAAAACGAGUUCACAGAAUACUUGUCGGUUCUUUUUAUAUUUUUAAAAAUACUCACGCAAUUUUAAUCGAUGAUGAUAAUUGAGAAAACCCUUUGAUAAUUUGGAUGCUUUUGUUUUUGGGAACACAAAUGUGUUGAAACGUGCAAGAAACGGUGGUACAGUUUCUUGCCUCUUGACUUUUAUUUCACCGUAUCGUCCGACUCCCGUGGCGCUCUCUGUAUUUUACUACAUAUUGUACCGAAGCUGUGCUUCGGUGGCUAAUAUUCGUGAUACUUGACGUAACGACACGUACGUAAAAUUCAUGCAUGCGCGAAACCUGCCUUGCGACUCGGAACACUGCACGUGUUUUUUCGUUACAUUUUUCUGUACAAUAUAUACAUACAUUAUAUAUAUAUGUCAUCUACUGCACAUUUACACGCUUGUAUGAACUCGGAUAAUUACUGCUGGUACAGUACCAAUACACAUACUAAAGGUUCUUCUACGGAUUUCAGUUUCUCGUAUCGAGGUUGAGAUUUGUCUCUAGAUCUUGCACGUUUAGAUUAAAUCAAUAUCUCGCGAGAUAUACUUAUCAUUAUACACAUAUAAUUAUCCACAGAUAAGUAAGUGAGGGACAAUCAGAGAAAAAACUUUAAACGAUACCUCUUCCUAUUGCAUAUUCGAGAGAAGUUGCUUUGAUACUCCAAGUACGAGGGAAGUGAUUAGAACACGGUCUUUGUGAAUUUAACAAGUGUAGAAUGUAGCCAUUGCUGGUUUCACUUGAGCGAAAUUACACUUGUGUACAAUCAAUCCUCGUCGAUACGCACCAAACGGAAAUACGUAGACAAGCCUGACUCUUUACCUUGACGAUGUUCUGUUAAACUGCAUUGUAAAUCUUGAAAAUGUGAAGUGACACGCGUCUUGGCGUCCUUUUUUCUCGUUGACGAAUGUAACGGAGGGAAGAGAUCGAUGCGAAAAUCUUCGACAGUUGGAAGAAUUUCGAAUCGAUCCCUUGAUAUGCUGCUACGACAACACAACGUAUAGAUCUUGACAGGACUCUGCAAACAAUGGACUCGGCAAGAGGUUAAGACAAUUGUCCCGAUUAAUUUAUUAUAUAUCUGUUGCUUAGAUUCCGGUUAAUUUAAUCUGUAAAUCGCAGUGUAAAUUUGUUUGCUAUACGAACAAUGAUUGAUCUUCAGCUCAACUACAAAAUACACGUAUAAUCAUUUACAUGAGAGGAUGCAUACACAUAUGUACACAUACACAGGUAUAUGUAUAUAAAAAUCUAUGUAUACACAAACACACACGCGCGCACACACACAUAUAUAUAUAUAUCUAUUUUAAGCAAGAAAAGUGAAGCAGGUACAAAUUGAGCAUCGUAUCGCAUUCCUUCAGGGUAGAACGCGUUCUUUACUUAAGAAAAUGAAGGUGACGAUGAUGAUGAUGAUGAUGAUGAUGAUGAUGAUGGUAAUGACGACGAAGCAAGUAUACAAUGCUGUGUAUUAAUAUUUUCAUUACGGUAACGCAACACAACAUAUCAAUAUAGAUACAUAUCAGUAAUCUAAUUUAAAGAGAUGAGUGCCGAAUUCUCUCUGGGAGCCAAUCUCUCCAGAUUUAGUUUUUUUUCUCUAUGGUCUGGGAAAAAUACAGACCGUUCGAGUGAAAUGAAAUUUCGACGCUGUAAAAACUACAUCGUAUACAAACGUGGAGACUCAAAGCUUUGGCUCCACCGUGGAGAGACUUCAGUAUAGGUGAAACACAUCUCUACCUAUCAAGCGUAAUACAUAUCUUCUAGUCAACCACUGACAUAUCUUCUAAUUAAUGAUAAAUAAAUAAGUCUAUAUAUAUAUAUAUAUAUAUAAUUACAUAUCAACAAAGACGUCACUUUUAUCAGAUAGUAGAUAUAUAUAUAUUAUUUUGAUAUAUAAAAGAAAAACGAAGAAAAAAUGACGGAGAGAAAUAUGUGUAUGUAACGUUCCCUCUAGGUGUCAAUUACGGUUCAAAGUAGGGCCUGGACCGAGGACAGAAUCCCGAGGGAAGUUUGCGUAAGCUUUAGAGUUUGGAAACAUUUUUCAAAGGAUCAAGGCGCUCCGAAUCUCCGCAUCGCGAACGCUUUAAUCCUGAUCUAUAAACCACCCCACCUCCACCUUUGCCCUCAAUUUUGACGUGUUAUAUUUAAGAACAUAAGGCCGUUCAUCUCUGGUGGUAAUUGGUGGCAAAUUGACGAAUCCAUGCGCGGCGCUAUAUGUUUCUAUCGCUCUCGAGCGACGGGCACUAAAAUGCUUGUACAUGCUACAUCUAUGUCUGUUUGUUUCUCUGUUCCUCACAGCGAAUGACCUCACACGUCGUCUGUUCUUCUUUUGUACGAUUUCAACCAAGUCAACAAAGUCAAGUUACAUCUAAUAAUGUAUUUAGUAUUAGUUUCACUGAUAAUGUAAUAAUUUUAGUACUAGAUGAUGCACACACAGAUAUUUGUCGUUGUUCGUCGAUCAGUGGACAGUGGCCGAGAUUGGAACAAAAAUUAAUAACUUCAGUUAAAUGUAGGAUUUCACUUUUUAACAAAGCAGAUUGGAUAAAUUGUGAACCAUAGUAACAGAACAUAUCUAUACAAUCCGUCCAUGAUAUAUUCAGCCAAAAGGAUUACCAGUUACCCGUAUAAAGGAAAAGAGUUACAUUUUCGAUCGAUGCAGAGGAUAUUUUAAAAAGAAAAAAAGGAUAUUUUUUCAAGAGAGUAGUAUUUCCGUUGAACACGUCGCACGUAGCGUGAACAAGCAUUGUCAGACAUUUCUGCCAGUCGACGAGAUGCACAGCGCAUACACGUAUACGUACAGAGAACAUUUUCGACCAUUUUGGUUAUCGAGAUUUAAAUAAUGUGAUAACGUAAUUAAAAA